CCUGGGAGGCGGCGGCCGCGGCGGAGUGGAGAUGGGCGCGCUGGGGGCGCCGGGCCGGCUGCUGCUCUGCCUGCAGCUCUGCGAGCUGAGCCGGGCCGGCUACAAAAUCUGGGUCCCCGACACCGACUUCGACACGGCGGACAACUGGAGCCAGAACCGGACCCCGUGCGCGGGCGCCGCCGUCGAGUUCCCCGCGGACAAGAUGGUGUCCGUCCUGGUGGGAGCGGCGCACAGCGUCUCGGACAUGCUCCUGCCGCUGGAUGGGGAGUUCGUCCUGGCCCCGGGAGCAGGACUCGGCGCCGCAGGCCCCGGCUCGGACUCGGCCUGCGAGGCGGGCGCCCCUGCGCUCUUCCUCGACCCCGACCGCUUCUCGUGGCACGACCCACGCUCCUGGCGCUCCAGGGACUCGACGCGCGGCCUCUUCUCGGUGGACGCCGAACGCGUGCCCUGCCACCACGACGACGUCGUCUUCCCGCCCGACCGCUCUUUCCGGGUGGGCCUCGGCCCCGGCGCCCGCACUCUGCGCGUGCGCAGCGUCUGGGCUCUGGGCCAGAAGUUCACACGCGAUGAGGACCUGGCCGCUUUCCUGACGUCCCGCGCCGGCCGCCUGCGCUUCCACGGGCCCGGCGCGCUGAGCCUGGAGCCCGAGGCGUGUGCAGACCCGUCGGGCUGCGUCUGCGGCAACACCGAGGUGCAGCCGUGGAUCUGCAGGGCCCUGCUCCAGCCCCUGGGCGGCCACUGUCCCCCGGCCGCCUGCCAGGACGCCCUCCGGCCUGAGGGGCAGUGCUGCGACCUCUGCGGAGCCAUCGUGUCGCUGACCCACGGCCCCGCCUUUGACCUGGAGCAGUACCGAGCGCGGCUGCUGCACGACUUCCUGACCUUGCCCCAGUACCAGGAGCUGCAGGCCGCUGUGUCCAAGGUGCCGCGUCCGCCCCAACCCCACGAGGCCACAGGCGCGGGGGCCGACACGGAGAUCCAGGUGGUGCUGGUGGAGACCGGGCCCCCCUCGGGCAGCGCGGGGCAGCUGGCGCGGGCCCUCCUGGCGGACGUCGCCGAACACGGAGAGUCCCUCGGGGUCUUGGCGGCGACCGUCCGGGAGUCGGGUGCGCCUGUCGGCGGCGGUUCGGCGCCGGGUCUGCAGCAGCCAGGGUCGCGCGCGGGGCUGGCGGGCGGUUUGACAGCCGCGCUGCUCCUGUUGCUGCUGGCGCUGGCGGCGGGGGCGCUGUUGCUGCACCGCACGGGGCGGCUCAGGUGGAGGCGGCGCGACCCGGCGGCCGGGCCGCCCCUGGGCUCCAACCCGGUGUUCGGCGCGGCAGGCUCCGUGGAGCAGCCCCCAGCCCCGCAGGCGGAUGCCGGGAGCACCAGCCAGAUCUACUUCAUUAACCCGCUCUUCUCCGAGGAGGAGGCCUGAGCGUGCGGGUCCCAACCUGCGGGAUCCCGUCCCGGCCGGCCAAGCACAGGGCGGCCUUGCCCAAUAAAGGCGUUUCCUGCCCCUGC